CUUUAAAGUGUUCUUUUCAACUCACUGGCUUUCCAGUUAACUUUUCAUUAUUUGGGAAACAGUAAACGAUGGCAAUUGUCACUGGGCUCUUAUCUUGAAAUUGUUUGAAUGUACCAAGGUUAAACAAUUCAUCAUUAUCCUUUAACUUAGUUAAAUAUCUACCAGUAUUGCUGCUUUCUUCUGCAAAAAUCUUCAGGUGAGUGGCUGAUGAAAAGAGAGAUUAAAAAAAAAUCUGACCUGAAGUUAUGUCUAGCAAAGCACUAUGUGCAUGGUUGGCCUUAACCUCAUAAGCUCCACCUUCGAUGAACUCUGAAAAGAACUCCCCUAGAUUUCCAUCAAUUUAAGUGAAGACUCAAGAGAUUUUAAAACAGAUCCUUAAGUCUGAGAAGGGAAGCCAAUCUUCUCUUUGUGAUGUUAUUAUAGCUUUGCACCUUUUCCUGUGUAUUGAAAAAAAUUUCUCUCUUGCUUCCUUCCCCAGCUUUUUUUCCAUGCUUUCUUCUGUUCCUACACAUGUUUUUACAGUUUUUGAUGCCAAGCUUUUCUUACUGGCUGUUCUCACUGACUAGAAAAGUCAUCUUUUGUCUCAAGCAAGAUGGUCCCCCACCCAUUCUUUGUCAGAUCUAUGUGAGAUCUUAUCUCAGAGAUAUUAUUCUGCUGUCUAAAUUUCCUCAAGUUGUUCUCCUUGUGCUGAACUACUUUAACUCCAUGAAUUUCUGUUCAUGAGACUGACUGGAGCGCACAUUGUCAAAAAGAUGUGGCAUAAAAUAUUUCUGCAUUGCAUUUGUUGUUUCCAGACAUAAUUUUUUUUUUCAAGGACAGUUUCAGUUACAAGAUUUGAGCAUCUCUGUUUCAAGGCAUCAUCUAAUCAUGUUAAAGUCACAGUGAGUAGGGAUUUUUCUGUCACUUCGUUUGUGUUUCCGCCUUCACUGUAGUAAUUUUGGAUCAUGUAAUCUCAGUUACCAGACGUGGAAGUCUGUUCCCAGCUAAUUUCAUUAAUUUCUCAAAUUAAAAUUUAUUUUUGAGAUUCUUCUUAUAUAGUUCUAUUGAUUUGCUUUAUUGAAUAUUAUCAUAAAAAAAAAAACAACCCAAAUAAGCACAGUACUUGAAGGCGUGGGAGGAAAUGGUAAGAGCAGAGGUAGACAUAGGAGACAUAGGCAGAGCUGGUAGGCAUGAAGAGCUGACAUCUGGAGAGGUUAAACUAUUUAUUUUGAGAACCAACAUAUGUACAGGACUAUUGGCUGUAGAAGUCUCUCCAGGCAAAAGCUAGACAGCUGCUAGAAAAGUGUAUGUGGGAAUAGAGAUAGUCCCACAUAUUUUUGAGGUAAGGUAAAUUGCCUCAAAGUGGAGUAUUUAGGCCUUUUGUUAUAACUAGAAAACUUGCUGAAAUACAUCUUGCUUUCUAGGUUAAGGAUAAGCACUAUUUUUGUCUAAGGCUGCCUAAAUGCUCAGGUUUCUCGCUGUUACAGCAAUCGAAGGCUGAGAUAUGCUGUGGGCUGGUUGGAUCUCCCAGAUCCUAACAAGGCUUUUGCUCUGUGUACCAUUCUCUGGCAAGUUCCACAAUGGAUGAUGGAUUUUGGCAAUAUUUUGUCCAAGAGUUCUACCUUUCUGGGAGCCUUAUGGUUGAUUUGUUCUGCAGGCAGAGGUGUCUUCCCAGCAGCACUGUAGGUCCAGGGAAAUCUGAAGGUGCAGAAAUGCUCUGUCCACAGCAUGGGAGUAUCACAGCACUGUAUCUGCAGCAAAGACUUCUCUCCCAUGGCCUCCUCCAUCACUCAUUCACCCUGCAGCUUCAGCAACUGGUGAGUAAGCAUCUGUUACUGCCUCUUGCACAUUUCUCUACUACAUCAGUCUGAAGGACACUUUCCGGGACCUUUCAGAGAGAAAAACAAAACAAAAAAAAACAUAAGUUGAAACAGAGAAGAAAUUGGCACUUUCUUCAGUGAGAUGAAGCAUGUAAGGCAUUUCACUCCCUCCUUAUUUCUCAGUUUGGUGCACGUUUGUCUGGUUCAGGCAAAUUAUGCCCCCUAUUUCUUUGAUAAUGGAGCCAGAAGCACAAAUGGGAACAUGGCACUUCUCAGCCUUUCGGAGGACACACCUGUUGGUACCCAUGUGUACACUCUUAAUGGAACUGAUCCAGAAGGAGAUCCCGUGACGUACAGCCUGGCCUAUGAAGCUGGAUCAAGACGCUACUUUUCUGUUGACAAGAACCUUGGAAAUGUUACACUGAUUGAGGAGCUUGACAGAGAGAAGGAAGAUGAGAUUGAAGUUAUUGUCAGUAUUUCAGAUGGCCUGAGUACAGUAUCUGAAAAAGUCAGGAUCCUUGUAAUGGAUGCUAAUGAUGAGAGCCCAGAGUUCAUCAAUGCACCUUACAUAGUCCAGGUCCCAGAGAACACUCCCUCUGGCAGCAGUAUUUUAAAGACUGAGGCAGUGGACAAAGACACAGGCUCUGGAGGAAGUAUCACCUACUUCUUGCAGAACAUCCAUGCUAAUAAGUUUACAGUAGACCAUCACAGUGGUGUCCUGCGCAUCAAAACAGGGGUCACCCUGGACUAUGAGAAAUCACGAACACAUUUUAUUGUCGUCGUAGCCAAGGAUGGUGGUGGGAAACUCCGGGGAGACAACAAAAUCUUUUCAGCCACAACAACAGUUACUGUCAAUGUGGAGGAUGUUCAGGAUACUCCUCCCAUGUUCAUUGGGACUCCCUACUAUGGAUACGUUUAUGAGGAUACACUCGCAGGCUCUGAAGUCCUUACUGUUGUUGCUCUUGAUGGAGACAGAGGAAAACCUAACAGUAUUCAUUACAGCAUUGUGAAUGGAAGUGAAGGUUCUUUUGAAAUCGACAACACAACUGGAGCCAUUUCUGUUGUAAAAAGCCCAAAUCAGCUCAAGAAAGAAUUGUAUGAACUAAAAGUUCAGGCAUCAGAAGUCGGUCAGGAAGGUGACAUCUCAGCAUACACUUUUGCCAUGGUGACUAUUCGGGUGGUCGACCUCAACAACCAUCCACCAACGUUCUACGGAGAAAAUGGUCCUCAGAACAAAUUUGAACUGACCAUGUAUGAGCAUCCCCCAGAGGGUGAAAUCUUGAGGGGAUUGAAGAUUACAGUGAAUGAUUCAGAUCAGGGAGCCAAUGCUAAAUUCAACCUCCGUCUUGUUGGACCUGGUGGCAUCUUCCGAGUGGUUCCUCAAACAGUCCUGAAUGAGGCUCAGGUUACAAUAAUAGUGGAAAAUUCUGCUGCUAUUGACUAUGAGAAAUUCAAGGUGUUAACCUUCAAGCUUCUUGCAAUAGAGGUGAACACACCGGAGAAAUUCAGCUCAACAGCUGAUGUAGUGAUACACUUGCUGGAUACCAAUGACAAUGUCCCAAAGUUCUCUUCUGACUACUACAUUGCCAGGAUCCCUGAGAACUCCCCAGGGGGCUCAAAUGUAGUUGCUGUUACAGCUACAGAUCCAGACUCAGGGCUUUGGGGAGAAGUCAAGUACUCCAUCUAUGGAACAGGAGCAGAUCUGUUCCUAAUCCACCCAUCAACAGGUAUAAUUUAUACCCAGCCCUGGGCUGUAUUAGAUGCUGAAGUGAACUCAAAGUAUAAUUUCUAUGUGAAGGCAGAGGACACAGAUGGGAAAUACAGCUUGGCUGAAGUGUUUAUCACUGUGCUAGAUGUCAAUGACCACUCUCCAGAGUUCAAUGAAAAUAUCCAGGAAAAGACGAUGAUCAUUGGGUCACCAGUGAAGAUAGAGGCUAUAGAUCAAGAUGCAGAAGAACCCAACAACAUUGUAGAUUAUUCCAUCAUGCAAGCAGAUCCAGCCAACGUGUUUGAUAUAGACCAAAGCACUGGGGAAAUCAAACUGAAAUCCUAUAUCCGUUCCCUGGAUAUCAUCCACAAUAUCACAAAGAACAAAGACUGCAUAUGGUCAGUGGUGGUGCAGGCCAAAGACCGAGGCUCCCCAUCCUUCAGUACCACAGCAGUCCUGAAGAUUGAUAUCACAGAGGAGACUCUUCACAAAGGGCCUAUGGCCGCCUUUUUGAUGCAAACUAAAGAUAACCCCAUGAAAGCCUUAGGAGUGCUAGCUGGUGUCAUGGGCAUAAUGGUGCUGAUAACUAGCAUGAUCUCUACUGCCAUGUUCUGGCGCAACAAGCGGUCCAGCAAAAUCAUGCCGGUAAGACGGAUCAUAAAAAAGAGACAGACCCCACAGCCCCGGACAAUGAGGAUGGAAUGGCUGAAAUUCAAGAGGCCCAGCAACGCUGCAGAGAAGUUUGUUGUUGAGAAUGAUGCCAAAGAUCUGCACAAUGAGAACAGCAACAACAACAUCCAGGUUGCCCCUGUGCCGCCGACUGCUCCCUUGCCUCCACCUCCCCCCACCGUGGCUCCCAGGGGUGAUGCCUCAGGGUGGCGGGUGCCGACUGUGUCCGGCUCCCUCACUCCCAAGUUUAUAAACAAGCAGGUGAAGAAGAGAGGUCAUGGCAGUGCCCACAAUGCCCUUGUGUCAGAGCUCAAAAUGAGGUUUGAGAAGAGGAACGCAGCUAUGGGUGAGCCCCACAUCUAGGUGCUCUUGGCAGCCCCCAGUGACUGCAGAUUGUGGCUGGGCGUGGAUAUAUUUAUGUGCUGUGGUUUUCCCUGUGUCUGUCAGCAUUCCGUGAACUGAGAGCAGCUUUGUGCUGGAAUAGACACCCCUCACCUUCUGCAAGUAUUACAUGCUACAGAGUCACCCCACCUAUAGCAUAGCUGCGGUCAUUGUCCAGUUGCAGCUGCAGUACCUUUGGCUUGUGUCACAGUGCUGGUCCUUCCCAACAGCUGUCUGAACAGGGUACUGAGUACCUUCAUGCCAGCCACAGUUUCCCCAAGUGAACAGGGAUUCAGGUUGCCCCCAUUUUGGUGACCCCUACCCAGAGUCCAAGUUUUCAAACACAGAAUUCUGCAGCCAAGGCACUGGAGGAUGCCAGUUCUGACCUGGACUCAUAGGUGUGUCUGAGGUGUCCAAAACCCCAUCAUGUCCAAUCCGAGACUCACUUUUGAAGACACUGGCCUGGCUGUAGUGCCAGCACUGACUCAAUGUGCAGGUCUCCUACAGCAGUGACACUGCAUGCUGCAAGAAGGUAUAGUGUAGCUGGUACCUGCUGUCUUCAGGGUGCAACACACUUUGCAACAGCUGGAAGAGCAAUGUGCUCAUGGCCUGAGUACCUUCAUUCCCAAAACGUAAGCAGACAGACUUGGAGAAGGUCAUAAUUUUCCUGCAGCUUAUGAUGGGUUUUGCCAGAGUACAUUGACAUGAUGCUGUGCUUUGCUUCUGCUCUGAACUUGCCUAGUAAUCAUCAGACAGGAAGGCCACCUCAGCCUUCUCUAGACCAGCUGGGGCAAGAUUGGAGCACAGUUCAAUAGCAGCGCUUGCUCAAUACUGCCCUCUUCUGACACCGUGUCCCCCAAGGAGGGGAAGCCCAUACGGAGAAGGACGUGAUGAAAGCAGCAGGGAAUACAAGGGAAAACCAAGAUCAAAAUGAUAAGUGAAAAAUACAGACAAGUGCUGGAAAGUUGCAUAUGUCGGUCAGGGAAGUGUGUGGAAAGAUCAUUUGAUUUUGUACACUGCUAACAGGAGGUGUUGAGGAAUAUAUUUCACCACCUAUCCUGGCUUGCUCCAGGGACUGGUGAGUGCAAAGGAGGUUUCUGGUUUGUCCUGUCAGUACUUUUGAGUGAAUUAUGCAACCGUCAGGAGGGGUAAUGCAGGGGGUGGGGCACAGCUGACACUUUUUUUGGCUGUUACAUGACGGUAAAAAGGCACCAAAGGCAGAACGCUUUUUCACUGGAUCUUUUUUCACUGGAUGCACAGUUUCACCCUCCUGUUUGUUUCUGAGGGCAUGCUUUUCAGCUGGGACUGUUUCCUCACCCUCUGGGAAAAAGCAGUGUGUACCAGGCUGCUGGGAAACGGCACACUGCACCUCUGCCUGUGCUCUGGCCCUGCAGGGCAGCUGUGCUGUCAUGGAUUAGCACUGUGAAGGUCAAGAUGGGGAGCAAACCCUACAGGACAGAACACUGUUAAUUCAAGGGGUUCCUGAGACUCUUCUCCAGCUCCAGCAGACAUGGCCUUCAGGGAUUCCUCUCCUGACAUCCCAUCAGCUGGUCUAAUUUCCUUUCUCUGCAUCAGCUUGGGGGACAGCUGGUUGAAUAUAAAGCUCCCUAGAUACAGGGAAAAUGCUGCAUUUUUUAACUUCAGUCUGAUACAUCUAGAAGUCAGAGGGUGACCAUAGCUCAUGUCACCUGUGGGCUGAGCGAGGAGCUGUAUCCCAGUGGUGCAGCAAGGUCUCAGCAGGGGGGCUAUGCCCUCAGUGCUGCUCUCCUGUCAUGUCUCUCAUUUCCAUCACUUUUCUUACUUAUCCCUCCUCCUGGGGCUUAAUGGCAUGAGGCCCAGGCUCUGUUGUUGUGUGUGGUCACCUUGUCCUCCGGCUAUGGGUGGAGGGAGGGGAUGUGCAGCCACUGGGCACACUCCCACUGCCCUGUGCAAGCAUGUGUGUUCUGCUGGUUGUGUCUCCACCAGGUUGUGCAGUGUUUCCCAAGGUAUCAAAAAUCUGUGGUUUAUUACCCAUACUACUGUUUUCCCAGUGUUGUGUUAAAGCCAGCAUUCAGUGUUUGUUCUCCAAUGAGGAAAGCCUAUAAAAACCAUUCAGUUAACUGAGAUUUAUUAGGCAUUAUAGUCUUACAGUCUUAGAGAUUGUAUUUAAGAGAGAAUAAAGAUGUUUUAUUACUAUGUUGUGAGACUUUUCUCCAGUUACUCUGUAUUUCAACUUCAGGGUGGGUUUUUUAAUAAAUAAAUAAAUUAUAUAAAAAAAAAA